AUGAUCUCUACCAGUUAUGGUGAUGAUGAACAGACUGUCCUGUGUGCUUAUGCGAUCCACGUUUGCACUGGUAUGGCAGCUCUUGGUGCUUGCAGAGUCUCUUUGUUGUUCUCCUCUGGUGAUUGUGGCAUUGGUGAUACGAAUAGUAACCCUGCCAUGCAGGUGUUGAGUGAUCUCUUUAAUCAAGGAGCACAGCAGCCAAUUUUGACCAAAAGUGUGACUUCUGUUGGUGGUGUUGUCAGCAUCCCAGAGAUUGCUGUUCCAUUCUCCAGUGGUGGAUUCAGCAAUUAUUUUGCUCAUCCUGUGUACCAGGAGGCUGCUGUCUCUGCAUACUUGGUGAUGCUUGCUCCUCACACCUACGAAGUUGACCUACUAUCUCCAGCACCGGAUGUGCAUCUCCUGAUGUGGCAGCACAAUCAGACUAUUUCUCUACUAUUUUUCAAGGCUCCUCUUGGCUUUCUGAAUCCAUUCUUAUAUUCCAUUGGCUACAUGGCAUUAAAUGACAUCACUGAUGGGAAUAACCCAGGAUGCGGAACUCUGGGAUUCAAUGCCACUGUUGGAUGGGAUCCUGUCACUGGAUACAGCACACCCAACUUCAAGAAAUUGAAGGACUUGGUCUUGGCCAUGCCUUGA